AUGACGCUAUUCGAGCAUUCACUCGCCUUCGCCGAGGCUGAUGCUGCAAUUAGCAAUCAGCUCGGUUGGGGCUUGUUUACCCAGUCACAGGCCGCUGAGGCGCUGUCUGAGCCAAGUAGCAGUAUUGCUAUUAGCCGGUCCAUGAUUCUUCGAAGGGUCAACACUCCGCCUGAAGUUCUCCUCGUGGCCUUCCUCUCAACUAUGAGCCACAUAACUAGCCACGUUCUGGGCAUCUUCAAUCUGCAAUCCAAAUUUCGCCUUGUCAACACAGGGUUUUGGGGCCUCUGUUUCAUGGCGAGCAUACUCUAUAGCGCUUUCACAUUUUCCUUGGAUGACCCUUCAAAACAAGGACUGCUCAGGUUUCCCACAGUUUGUAUCAUCGGUUUCAUCCCUCAUGUUCUUGUCCUCGGUGGCAUACUCAUCUGCCUUUCCAUCUAUCUGCUUGCGCUAGGCUUAGCCGCCCUCACCCCCGUGGAGGGGUACACAGGCCAGCGUCUAACACUUCGCGAGCGGCUAGCUCAAGCCCAUGAGAACAUGCAAGCCAACUUGUCUUUGUCUGAUAUUCGUAUCGGCAUGGAUAUGGACUUCUAUACUGCCCUGUUGAGAACCGGCUUUGGUGCUAUCACAAUGGCCAGUGAAGCGGUUUACUUGAAUGAGGACCGAGACAUCAACCUCAGACACCGCACUUGGCUCGAGGAGGAGAGGUUUCGAGAGCUGGAGGAGUUGCGAGCGCAGUGGAUAGGAGCCAGCUCGUCUGACUCGCAGUACGACACCAUCGGCACCAUUGGCUUGGUCCCCGUGAAGGAUGACCACCUGCUGCCCAUAAAUGGCUAUGCUCGCGAGCGAGCCGCACAGAAGGUACCGAAGGCUCGUUCAGGCGAGCGUAGGGUCAGGGAUGGAGUUGGCGCUGCGGAAAGAAGUGGAAGGUGGCUCAUGGCGCUGGAUUUUCUCAUGAAUAUCAACAGGUUGAUAAUCCGAACCUGGGCCACCGCCGCCAUCAAAAUUCUCUCCAAGAUAGGCGUCCGUUCGCCACAGUUUCUCUUAUGGAUAGCACGCCGGCCCAAAACUGCCACCAACAUCGUCAACCGAAACGGCAGUGAACACUGUGUCGACCACACCAUCGAAUCUAUUGAGUCCACCAUAGACAACCCGAUAAACGAGGCCGUCGAUGUUGAAACAGAAUUCAGACAGCAGGCCUGGAGGAGAAGCAGUAGCUCAGCAUUUAUCGACGAGACAGAUCUGGAUACGCGGCUCUAUGGCUGGUGGUUGAAGGGCGGAUAUUGGGGCACCACGGACAAUAGUGGUGAAUACCAACCUGAGGAGACCGCCGAUGAUGACGCCACUAAGAACACCGACGCAACCGAGAUCCUGGACAACCAGAGAUACCACACCAACGCCUGA